AUGAAUUCCAGUCUAUCGGAUCAUCUUCUCAAUGACACCAAGAUGUUAACCACUACAGAAAUGUCAAUGGCAGAUAUGAGGGAAUGGAUAAAGAGUCAAAUGGGCGGAGCAAAGAAACCAGUUAUUGGAGCACCGUUGGAAGAAGGCAGGUUUCAAAAUUACAUUCAAUUUGUAGAUCAAAACGAGCUCUACAUUUUUGCAGUUAACAACUUUUUGAUAGCAAUUCACGAUUUUGAGAUUCAGGCGUUUUAA